GCCAGUGGGCUGCGAGCGACCGAGCCACCGUGGAGCUUGGAGGAAAGCCCGAAGGAGGCUCUGCAGCGUCCUGCCCGCCGGCCCCGGAGCGGUGAAGCGCGGCGCGCCUCCUCGGCGCUCGCUCUGCCCAGCGGGGGCGUCGCGCGGGCGGGCUUGCCAUGCUCACCCUCCGCUUGUGGGACCACCUGCGAGCCGGCAGCUCCGAGGUGGACUGGUGCGAGGACAACUACACCAUCGUGCCCACCAUCGCCGAGUUCUACAACACGAUAAGCAACAUCUUAUUUUUUGUUUUGCCACCUAUCUGUAUGUGCUUAUUCCGACAAUACGCAUCCUGCUUCAACAGUGGAAUAUAUUUAAUUUGGACCCUGCUGGUGGUAGUUGGAAUUGGAUCGGUCUACUUCCAUGCCACGCUUAGUUUCCUGGGCCAGAUGCUCGAUGAACUCGCUAUCCUGUGGGUUCUGAUGUGUGCUCUGGCUAUGUGGUUCCCUAGAAGAUACCUACCCAAAAUAUUUAGAAAUGACAGAGGCCGAUUUAAAGCAGCAGUAGGGAUCCUUUCUGGAGUCACCACCUGCCUUGCCUUUGUCAAGCCGGCCAUCAAUAACAUCUCGCUGAUGACGCUGAGUGUUCCGUGCACUGUGCUGCUCAUUGCGGAGCUUAAAAGGUGUGAUAACUUGCGAGUUUUCAAGUUGGGACUCUUUUCUGGCCUUUGGUGGACGUUGGCCUUUUCCUGCUGGGUCAGUGACAAAGUAUUUUGCGAGAUCUGGUCAUCGUUUAACUUCCCCUAUUUGCACUGCGUCUGGCACAUCCUCAUCUGCCUGGCUGCAUAUCUGGGCUGUGUCUGUUUUGCCUAUUUCGACGCUGUCUCGGAGAUCCCCGAACAAGGCCCCGUCAUUAAGUUCUGGCCCAGUGAGAAGUGGGCGUUCAUUGGGGUUCCUUACGUCACCCUUCUUUGUGCUCAUAAGAAAUCGGCAUUGAAGAUCACAUGAAACUUCAUGUGCAGAAAAGAGGCUGUGGAACUAUUUUUUUUACUAUUUUUGUCUCCCUCUGAAAUCGCCGUGAUUCUGUUGAGGGAACCUCGAGGACUGUUUUCCGUUUCUGACAUAAGCACAUGCUGCACGGAGAAGUUUUGAGAGCAGGCAGGCAAGAGCUCUCCUUUGCAAUGCUUUGUUGCAGAACCUGGGGACCCAAAUCCUCCUUUCGCUUGGGUGGCUUUGGAGCUUUCAUAUUUAAAGCCUGCGUGAGCACUAGGUUGGUUUUUGUUUGGCGGGCUUUGAAUUUCUAAUGUGAAAUUCUCUGGAUGCUUCACACAGAAGUAGCCAUUAUGAGAAAGGCACGGCUGUUGCCAAAGCUGGCAGCCUUAUGUUGUCAUCUCCUCCUCUCUUGACAUGACAAAGUACUUGACGUCACAUUGCGUCACUAAGCUCUGAUUUCCCCACCCCUCCC